AUGGAAGAUCAAAUAACAGUGGAAGUAGAGCGAAAAAUCAAGAAAAUGGCUCUUGGCACUCAAACGGUGGCACAAGUUCAACCGGUUCAACCAAUUCAAGAGGUUAGUUGUGAAAUUUGUGGGGGGGCUCACUUCACCAUGCAUUGUGUGGCAACUGCACAACAGGUAGAAGAGAUUAAUUUUCUAAAGCAGAACAACCCUUACUCAAAUACACAUAAUCCUGGAUGGAAAAAUCAUCCAAAUUUCUCAUGGAAGGACCAGCAAGGAAAUGUUCAGAAGCAAGUGCCAAAUCAAUAUCAAAGCCAACCACAACAACAAUAUCGACCACAACAGCAACAACCAUACCAGCAACAGUUUCACCAACCCCAACAACAAUUUCAACAACAGGUACCAAGAAAAGCAGAUUGGGAACUUUCCAUUAAAAAAAUGGCGGCUCAAAGUUCCCAAUUUCAAGAGGAGACUAGAAGUAAUCUAAGAAACAUUGGUGCUUCGAUAAAAAAUCUGGAAGUACAAAUGAGUCAGAUUGCUCAAUAA